AUGGUCCAACCCCUCCUCACUUUUAUCGAUGCUGGCCCGUUGGAGGAGGACCGAGCACAGCAGAUGCGCCGGGAGAUCAGGUCGCAUGUUGCCCGUGUUGUGGUUUCGCGUUAUCAGGCUUCCCGCUCGGCCCAACGGCCAUCGCAGAAGAAGCGUCGCGAGCCAAAUCCCACUUGGGAUCUUCGCGUUAGUCCACAUGGCAGCCCCGCCGCGAGCCCGACUCGCACAGGACCGCCCGACGAGCGACCACCAGCACGAGGGCCAACUCCACCGCUGGCCGCCUCGGCGACAGCGAGCAAUGCCCGCCUCUUGACUGCGCCCUCUGCGGCGAGCAUGAUCCCAGCCUCAAAGAGCCCUAUUUACCAUCACCCUUUUGUGUCCGUCGCUUUGGGUCAUUACCUCGAACACCUCGCCGUGUCCGUCCCUGAACUCGAUGCCGGUAGUCAGUCCAUCCUCCUCCAGACCCUCUGGUUCCCUAUGGUUCUUAGCUCGCCGAUCGUCUUCCAAGUCAUCGUGUUGUUCGCGGCAUCGCACUAUGCGACAAUGGACAAUGACAUGACCAUGGGUGAGACCAUCUUGCUGUUCAAACAAUGUGCCAUUUCCGGCAUCACCCGGGCCCUUUCUCCAGGCUCCAAAGGCCUGGCAUAUCGGGACGAGAUUGUCGCCGCGGUCGCCAAGAUGGCAAGCUACGAGGCGGUCUUCGGGGAUAAGAGCGCAUACCACUGUCACAUGGAAGCCGUCAACAGGAUGGUGGAAGCAAGAGGGGGCCUGACUGCGCUGGGCCUGGAAGGCUUCCUGUCGCGGCUGCUGGUCUUUAUUGACACCAACUCGGCGUUUCUGCUCAACACCCCGUUGCACCUGAGUGAUUCGGCCUUGCCCAAACAGCCGAAUCAAUUCAUCGUGCCAAACCCCAGCCGCUUCAUCGGAGAGGUUUAA